AUGCUCAGAGUUAUGGUAUACCAGAACCCAGUCAGCCGACCACCUGCAACUCGCACUGUUCAGGUUCCUGGCGGUCAUGUCCUCUUCGUAAUGGCCGACAAUACUUGGAUCAAUCCUUACAACCUAUCUCUUUUGGAAUGUCUAAGUUCACAGGGAACAGUGUAUGAACUUGAUGGCAAUUCCGUCAUCAAGGUGCCAUUUCAGUUUCCUGUGGGUGAUGGCUGUACAGACGACGAAAAGACCGGUCAUCUCAUGCUGUCACUCAAAGCUUUCAACUAUUUCAAGCAAGAGUCCCGGAUCUACGAUCUUCUGACGAAACAUCCGCAUCCAAAUGUCGUGGCCAGCUUUCAGUGCAGCAAGCCAGACUGUCUCAUCCUCGAAAGAGUCAGGCCCCUUGAAGACGCUUGGAACGACUCGACGGAGCAUCUUCGUGGGAUCUGGAUUCUCGAGCUUCUCGACGUGGUAUCCUUCUUGGAAGAUCUCGAUUACCUUCACGGGGACAUAACGAUCUUCAACAUGGGUAUCGAUCAUGAAAACAGACUCAAAAUCUUCGACUUUGGCUCGGCUGUCCAUGUCAAGGACCAAGAUUUUGGACAUCAGAUUCUCGAGGACCAGUUCGACCUCGCAACCUGCAUCUUCUUUCUAGCCUCUGGAAUCGACCCUUUCGCCGAGGCUCAGAGUUUUGCUGACCUCAAUCGGACCCGGCAAGAUCUCCAGCAGUGCAGAUUGCCUUUCCCAGCCGCGGCGAAAAAGUAUCAAGCAGUCAUCGAAGCCUGUUGGUCUCAAAAGCAGCCCAAAUCUUUCAAACAGCUCCGACAGGCCGUUGCAGACAUUUCCGGGGUACUAGUGCCGAGCAUCAGCGGAACAGGUCUUUCGCAGGUUGCGAAUCCAUCACUUGGUUCGUUGUUGGAAAGACUCACCAGGGAAGAAGGGUGGAUGAAUGAGGAAGAGUAUCGGAUUGCAUGGAGCAAGGCAGGCUUCAAGGUGCUUCCGUUCGUCUGA